AUGAGUCACGUGGGAACAGACGACAGUAUGAGUGACGACGUGUUUGAAGAGGACACUCUGCGUGUUUCCAACACAGCACAACGAAGCACUCCCUCUCCUACAGGCUAUAGAGACUACCGACCAGAAUCACCUAUCCGCACAGCUAUAGAUGAAGACAUACCAAUACAUAAGACAAUCUUACUAGGCGAUAGUGGAGUGGGAAAGACUUCACUUCUGGUGCAAUUCGAAACGGGCAAGUUUCAAGCCGGCAACUUUUCGGCCACAGUUGGAAUCGGGUUCACGGUGAGUAAC